CCCAAGGGCCACCUCCAGAACGAGGCGCACGAAAUCACUGUGUGGUGCAGCAACGACUACCAGAACAUGUCGCGCCACCCGCGCGUCUUAGACGCCAUCAAUGAGAGCCUGUACAAGUACGGCGCCGGCGCCGGCGGCACGCGCAACAUUGCCGGCCACAACUCGAGCGCUGAGCGCGCCGAGGCCGUGCUCGCCGAUCUGCACCGCAAGGACGGUGCGCUGGUUUUCGGCAGCUGCUACGCAGCCAACGACGCGACGCUUUCCAUCCUCGGCAGCAAGCUGCCCGGUUGCGUCAUCUAUAGCGACGCGUCCAACCAUGCGUCGAUGAUUCAGGGCAUCAAGCAUUCGGGCGCCCGCAAGGUCAUCUACCGCCAUAACG